GUUGUCCCCCGCCACACUAGGGGUGGGGGAAUAUAUGGUCACAAAAAAUGAAAAGUAAACUUCGAUCGUGUUAAUGAGCUUUCUUUUUUUCUUACUCAGGCUACUGCAUAGCAUCGCUAAGUGAUCCUAAGAAGCGGAAAGGACAUAUACCGUACCGAGACAGUAAGCUUACCAAACUCCUGUCUGAUAGUUUGGCCGGUACAGGUGUCACGUUAAUGAUUGCAUGCAUAUCACCAGCUCGGUCAAAUGCUAGUGAAACAAUAAGCACGUUAAGAUAUGCAGCUCGUGCAAAAAAAAUCAAAACCAAACCAGUGAUUGUUAUGGACCCCAGAGAAGCAUUAAUCGUCAGUUUGAGGCGCGAGGUAGAGGCGCUUCAGAACGAAAACGAUCAUUUGCGAAAGGCUUUGGAUAUUAACAAGACGUCGUCUGCUAGUAUUUCAAAUGUAAAAAUGCCACCCAAUAUGGACAUGGACCGGUUAAUACAAAUGGACCCCAAGGAGCUUGUGGAUCUAGUCAAACACUACGCGAAUGAAAACGAGGCGCUACGCAGAGAAAACGCCGAGCUAUUCAACUCCAGGGACCUAUUACAGAGAGACCACGAAAUUGUUUGUAGGGAGAACGAACGGCUGCUGAAGAAACUCGAAGACGUCAACUCGGCAUGUAUAAGGUCUCCAAUAAUUCCAGCACGUGGCCAAUAUAUUGACAAAGUAGAAACGCCUUCGAUAAACAGCUCUCUAAACACUCAAAUUAUAGAAAUGGAAAAUAAUAAAUUGGAAAGAGAAAAAACGGAUUUACCUAUGACUUAUCAAAAAGAAAUAGAUAAAAAARGGAUCGGAAAUAAUAAAAGUAAUUUCGUGAGCUCUUUCAAGAACCGAAGAAAAACAUCAUCGGAUAGUUGUAAAGCACCGUUAAAACCAACAUCAACUAAAAGAUCACUGGAAAUGGUUGACCACGUASAGUCUUCGUCAUUGAUGGACGGGCCUUACAAGAUAUUCGACGAUGGGCUCAACUCGGCAGCCUCAACGCUCGCAUCCAUCGUCAGCCGACAAGCGUUCGACAUACCACGAACGGACAGAGACAGCGGUGGAGGUGGUGAGGAUGACGAAAUCGGCAGUGCGGGUGAUCGGCGGAGCGCCGGUGGUCGAUUUUCACUUCCGGACAUCGUAGGUCCCAGUAACAGCAUCAGCAGUGGCUUGCGAGCAAGACGGGACAGCAUCGGGAGUGGCGUGCACACGCGGCAAGACAGCCAAGCUAAAGGUCGAGAUCCGUUUGGAAGUCCAGUUACGCCACAGCCGUACAAUGGAUUUAGGUACCACGCUGGUAAUACUAGGGCUGCCAUCGCUGCCGCCAAAACAGCCGCAGCGUCCGGUUGA